CGUAACGCUCUCCUAACAGUGCGCAGCGGGGUGGGGGGAUGUGGGGAAGAUGGCGGCGCUGCGGAUAACGGGGGGUCGGGCUGUUGCUGCGCUGCUGAGACCCGGGCUCAUGGGGCUGGCGGAUCCCGCCGCGGGGUAUCACAAGAAGGUAGUGGAUCACUAUGAGAAUCCUAGAAAUGUGGGCUCCCUUGAUAAGAGUGCAAAGAACGUUGGCACUGGAUUAGUGGGUGCUCCUGCCUGUGGCGAUGUUAUGAAACUACAGGUUGAAGUGGAUAAAAAUGGAAAAAUUAUUGAUGCAAGAUUCAAAACAUUUGGCUGUGGAUCGGCAAUUGCCUCAAGCUCAUUGGCCACAGAAUGGAUUAAAGGAAAAACGGUUGACGAAGCCUUGAAGAUCAGAAAUACUGAUAUUGCUAAAGAGCUGUGCCUUCCUCCAGUUAAACUACACUGUUCUAUGCUAGCUGAAGAUGCAAUCAGGGCUGCUCUGGCAGACUACAAGUUGAAACAGGAUCCUAAGAAAGAAGAGCCAGAGAAGAAAGCAGCCAAAGCCUAAACCUGCGUGAGACUAAAGCUUGCUUUCUCAUUCCACUGAAAUGUGCAGUGCAAUUACUUUAGAUGUUAGCGAGGAGAACCGGUGCAGUACUAAAUGAAGCUGUAAGAGACGCACAAUGUUUCACUGGUCCACAUGUAUUAAACCACCCUUGUGGUGCUCAAAUGACUGGAAUUUUUUUUGAGCUUAUUUCAGCACACGCUACUGUCCUGUCUUGACUUCCUAUUAAGUGUACGGGUGAAGGAGACAGAGCUCUGAGUGUGACAGUUGAGUUUUCAGCAAUGAAAAUCCUGGGGUUUCAAAUGUUGCAAGGGCUAAAAUUCAUAGACUAAAUGUAUAGUUUUGCCUAAAGUUUUGUAUAGAGAAGGGUUAUAUUGGAAAGCGUUUUGCCUUGAUCUGAAUGUUUAGGCAGGAAAUUGCAGAUCAGUUUUAUUGCAUAUGCUGUAUAUAAUAUAUUAAACAAUCUAUGGCAAUU